GAAAUAUUAAGCUUUAGUAAAAUUUAGUCAUUCAUUAAAGGUCGAGAAAGUAAAAAGUCAAAAAUGGAUGAAAAGUUUUAUUUCUUAAUUUUUAUAUUUUUGGUUAAAUUGAAUUCGAUAAACGGUCAAGAUGAAAUGAUGCAAUGCAGAUAUUAUAACCAUACAAAUGGCCUUUAUUCUUGUGAUUUAACAAUUUACAAUCCAUACGGACUUAAUAAUUUUACUGCAAUAAAUGGAACACAUUUGUCAGGAAAAACCGAUGCAUUGGUUAAAUAUAUUUUUCGUGAUCAAAUAUUCGUAACUCCAAAUAUUCCGUCGAUAAUCUGUAAACAAUUUCAAAAUCUUGAUUAUAUAGAUUUCCAAUCAUCUGGAAUUAAAAAACUUGAUAGUAGCUCAUUUAUUGAUUGCAAAAAAAUCACAAAUAUAUAUCUAUACAAUAGCCAAAUAAGUCAAAUAGGAGAAAAUACUUUUAAAAACUGCCAAAAUCUUAUUUAUAUAUAUCUUCAUUUUAAUAAGAUCAGACAGUUGGAUGAAAAAUCUUUUAAUGGAGCUUCAAAAGUUCAACAUUUGUAUUUGAACUUUAAUCCAAUCCAAAAUUUUCCAAAAAAUAUUUUUAAUCCUUUGACAAAUUUAGUCAAUCUUCAUGCUUAUUUUACAAAUCUAAGUGUUAUUCAUUCAAAUUCUUUUGGAGUCCAUUUAAAAUUAACAGGACUUUAUUUACACCACAAUCAAAUCGAUGCAUUUGAUGAAAGAAUUAUUGAUAAGACGACAGUGAGCAUAAUAGAUAUGACUAAUAAUACAUGUGCAAAUAAAAUAAUCAACGACACAACAAUGUUAAGAGACUCCAUGAGAUUAGCUAUGAAAACUUGCUUUUUAAAUUAUGAAAAUUUAACAAUGGGUACAACGACAACAAUUUCAUCAACAGCAUCAACAACAACGUCAUAUAUUGAACAGACUACAACUACAGCCUUGACAUUACCUCCAGGAUGCAUUGGCGGAAAUACAGAUGAACGUGUGUGUCGAAUAGAGGAUGAAAUUCAAGAUAUUCAUGAACAAAGUACGAAUUUUACAACAACAAUAAAUAAAAUGCAAGAUCAAAUCGACGAAUUGCUAAAUCGACCAUGUGCAUGCCGAUAAAAAUUCAAUCAUUGAAAUGUUUCUU